CUUUUUAAGAUAUUUACAUAAUGACUACUUUUACCAAUAUCUGUCAAUAAAAUAUUAUAACAAUUGACAUCAAACACCCCACGUUUUUUUACAAUAAAAUAUUUCUUUGUUAAUCACACUAUUCGUAAUUUAAAUUAAUUGAAAAUGAUUUUCUACUUUUUAGUUUGGUUGUCUAUUAAAGCGUGUUUUUUAAAAGUUUUUUUAAACUAUUUAUUUUUUACUUUUUAGUUUGGUUUUCUAUUAAAGCGAGUUUUUUUAGUUUUUUAAACUAUUAUUUAUUUUUACUUUUUAGUUCAAUUUUUCAUUAAUAUGUGGUUUUUAAUUUUAAACGAUGAUUUAUUAAGCUCCCUUCGGAAACUUUAUUUCAUACGAGUACAUGGUGCAAGACACUACCGUGUCUCCGGGUAUAAACAUCGCUAAUCCUGAUCAUCCUGAUCAGGAUAAUGGGACAAACUGGUACUUUGUAUAGAAUGAAACUCGGUGGUGCUUUGUCGUCUCGAGCUAAACGGGGCCCGCUCCCGCGCCGACAAAGCUAAAACAAUAAAACAAAUACCUAGAACGCGGGAAAGACGACAUCCUCCCGACCGACGACUUCGUGCAUCCUCGUGUAUUGUCGUAAGCAAAAAAAAAAAAAAGAGGGUCGCAUGUUGUGGCCACAGCGGGUGGUACCCCACCCCCUAAUCCUCCCUUGCGAAAGACCGUAGCGCGGAGGGGAAGGAUACUGCCGGUGGUGGGGGAACAGAUCUCAGGGUCGCGCAUUCUUGAGGCAAACGCCGGAACUAAAUAUAAAUAUUUGAAAUACUGUUUAUAGGCAAACCAUCUAUCGAAUGUACACAAAUGUAUAUUAUUCAAUAUCGUCCUAAAAUUUCCUAUAGCUGUAUUUUAAAAUAAAACAAUUUUUUAAUAAUUAAAAGAUUAACAAAUAUAAUAUUUUUUUAAACUUAUUAAAAAUAGUUAAGCAGCAAACUUUUAUAAUGCAGCCAAUGUCAACAAUGUCUCCUUGCUGUAGAUAAUUAAUUUGAUUUUUUUCCGAUGUUUCUAGGCUGUGCUAAGAGUGCAGCAAAAUGAACACUUUUUCCCAUUGUAUAUGUGCUAUGAGACCGAGCCUUAAAAAUCUGAAAUGAAAGUUGAUACUGUUCAGUUCACCUAUCUAUUUACAUGCUUAAAAAUGUUGUACAAUUUGUCUUGUUUUCCUUGUCGUUUGUUUGUUGGGUUUCAGAAUAUAAAUUCAUAAAUAAAGGUUUUUAAAAAAUAGCUUUUAUUCAUUACUGUUCAAGCCAAAUGUCAUGGUACUCGCCCAUUUAGUUGUUAAUUCAUUGGUCCUUAGAAAAAUACAGUUAACAAAAUAACGACUGGACGUUUGAGUCAAACGUUCUCUAAAGCACCGCAACGCGAAGUUUCGCCCGCCAAAAAGUUUGACACUAACUAUACCAUGGAUUCUGAAAAACUUUUGUAGUGACUAAGGCUGGCUUGCACAGUUGUGACUUGAGGCAAAGUAAAGUAUGUAUUUAUCCUUUUGAAUAUCCUGCAAAUUUUUUUGCUUAGAUUGUCUUACCUGACUCGCAAGCGGCCCUAAAUGACCAGUUGGCAAGUUUGGUCAUGGGCUAGUCUCUACCCUCUAUUUUAUAUACAAAACCAUCUUACACUACAUAAACCAAACCGUGAUGUUUAUUCUAUAUUACAACCUCAUUAACCAUCUAAAGGGUGUGAAAUCGUUUGUAAAUCAUGGACUAGGCAAUAACUUGCCAGACGCUAGCUGAACUGAUAAGUAAAUUAACUUUCUGUACAUUUUUUACAUAGGCCUUAUGGCUACCAUAUAAAAGUUAUUUUGAAGGUACUGCCGAAUUAUCUCACAUCCAUAAUUUUAAUUCGUAUAGUGAACAGAACUAAUUUCUGUUGUGAAUCGAGCCAAUUCAAACUAUGUUAUAAAAACAGCGGCUUAAUAUCAUUCCACAUAUUAUAAUUGCAGCGAUUGGUGUUUCAAUAAAAUGGCAUUUUCUUGUAAGUAGAAAAUUUUAACGUUAUUACAAUAAAUUUAUACUCUAUUUAGUAAUCUUAAAUUUAAAACACCCAAUAUUUCAUAUUAAUUAUUUUCAGCGAUGACUUUGUUUGAAUUAUUUUGAUACAUUUCCUUUAUUUUAUAGGUUAUUAACGUUUUUACCUUGUGCCGGCGAUCUUAUUGGGCUUAUCGUAUAAACUAAUUCAAGGAACACCGGUACCUAAAGCUUGUUUCAUACCCUCAGAUCGAAGCCUGUAGUUUUUCGAAAAUUUUAAUACAUUUAUGACAUUUUUAUGUUUAGCAUUAAUUAAGCCUAGUCAGUUAAUUACGAAGUUGUUGCUUUUCAACUCUCCCGCUUUACGCCUGCAAGUCCGAGGCGGGUAAUCAACGAAACUCUACAAAACAUUAUACAAAAAGACGUCCACAUUCAUGGCAUACCCGAAAUUCUGAUCCGAGUCCAUCCACAGACACUUAGCGACUUAGCUACGGUCACCUGAAAUAGUUCUGGGAAAUAUCGCACAUGAGUGGUCAAUUCAUGUUGCACAUUCGGAUUGCAUUGCCUACAGUUUUUAAAAAAAAACUUUCUGGAUUAUAGGGAGGCAAAAUAAUUAAUCCCUAAAAUUUGGACUGCAAUUAUUGCUAAGCCUACACUGCCAAUAAAAAAAAUUAAUGAACGAAAUAUAUACAUAUUUCUUACUAGAAACUUUUAGCCCUAAGCUGGUUAUUCGACUAUAGAAUUUUAUUGUACUGACUGUUUGACAUGCGAAAGUAAGAAUUCUCUCGCCGUGACACAUAACGAGUACAUAGGCGCGCGGUAAGUGGGCUAAAAUAUGUGAAGUGAUGAAAUAAAGUGGUAUAAUAAUGUGUCCACCCAUUUCCUCAGCCCCAUUCCUCUACUCGCCUCCGAGUGCCACACUCAUGAUCUUUGCACUUUUCGUCACCCACUCAGCUUUGUCACCGCCUCGAUUUAAUUUACUGCUGUAUAAAAGUUACAAUUCAAACGUUUUAAAUAAUUGUUACAUCAUAGAAAUACGUAUCGUAGAUUUUGAGUUAAGAUUCUAGCACAGGCUUCAUUCGCUUCUUCAUGGACUUUCUACGAUGAGAUAAAGGUGGCUUGUUCUUGGAACAUUUACGCCAAUUUCUUCUCAUAGCUUGAAGCUUAGCAACGAGAGAACACAAUCACUUGCAGUGACGGGUUCACUGUUGCACACCCAGUCGCGUGAUAGUAAAGAAAGGGCGUGGGAGCAUUCUGGCAUUGAAUAUAUAUAAUGUAUAGAAGUCGCGAGCCCAGGUUAAAUUUUCUGGACAGUUUUGCAGAAGAAUUGUCGUAGUAGCAAGCUCCGUCGCAGCGAUCGCUUCAGUUGCUGGGUAUCGGCAGUGCACGCCCCUAAGGCCCUCCUCACACGGGGAUACUGAAGUUGCUUAGAUACCGCGAGACUCGGCGACCGAGCGACUCGUCAUGUAGAUAGGCAUGGCGUCACUCAGACGGCGAUACUGGAGUGGCGGAGACUGGAAGUCGUAAGCAACGUAAAUCCCGGCGACUCAGCAUGCUGGUCUCCACGCUACUCCAGUAGCCUACGCGGCGCGAUACUGUAUUGUAGCGAACAAUGGGCGAGCAGGCGUUUAAUAUCAAAUUUGUAAACGAAGUUGAGAAACACCCAGAACUCUAUAACUACAAGUUGAAAGGGUAUUCAAAAAAGGAUGUGACUGACAAAGCAUGGAAUGAUGUCGCAAAAGAAGUGCAACUCACAGUUAACGAAUGCAAAGAAAAAUGGAAAAAUCUCCGUUCAGUUUUUGUCCGUCACAUAAAGCCACCUCCAAGUGGUUCAAGUUCCAAAAAUAAGAAACCAUAUUAUCUAUCGGAGGCAAUGAAAUUUACCCUACCAUUCAUAAAAACGCUUGGUACACCAUCGGGGAAUUUGCCAGAAGUCAUCAAUGAACAAAACCUGGAACACAGUUCAUCUGACCCAACACAAAAUACGGAAGACGUUGCGGCUGAAGAGGAGGAAUAUAUCUCAGAUAACGCAAUACUAACUACAACACCACAACUUUCCCUUCCUUCACCUAUGCUGCCAAAUACUGACUUCUCGCAAGAACAUGCUCAUCAUUCCCAACAAAUGACUCAUGAUCCCUUUUCCAACCCAAAAGAUAAUUUAUCAAAGCGUAAAAAGCAAACAGUGACGGAAGUGGACAAGUCCUUUAUGGAAUACAUGAAUGCAAAGAAAAGGAAACUUGAAUCGAAUUCAAACGAUGAUAGGCAAGUAAAAAAGUCGUUUCUUCUAAGCCUUUUACCAGAAAUCGAACCUUUGACAGAUGCACAAAUGAAAUCAUUCCGACGUAGGGUUCUGCAGCUUAUUGAUGACAUCACGAAUCCAAAAGACAUGCACCAACACGUACCAGCUUACCAACAGACCCCAACUUACUCCUACAGUGUUUCCACGCAUUCAUCGUUGGCUACAGAUAAUGCUUCAAUUUGUUCGUCGCCUGGAAAUCAAACUAUUCCACAGAAAGUACAAGAUACUGAAACGCAACAGUAUUUUGAAGUCAUCCAAGAGACUUUACAAUAUGAGCAGGAACAUAAUGUGAUGUGAUGUUUUGUUGGGUGUGUAAACAUAUAACUUUGGUGUACGUGUUUUUAUCUCUAUUAUGUUGUUUAUUUUUGUGUUUACAGUCAUGAUUUGAAUGUUUGUGUAAUGGGUAUUCUUUAAAUAGUUUAUAUAUAUACAUUUUUUCUUUUGCAGUACAUUAUUUGAAUGUGUAUUUCUUAGGUAUAUUUGAAUUUAACAUUGGAAUGAAUUUAUGCAUAAGAUAUGUUUAUACUUUCACCUUUCAGUUGACUGGAAUACUUGGGUAUAAAUAACUUUAGAUUAUUUAACCUGUUAACGUUAAAGUGCACAUUCUUAAGAUCCAUACAACAGCCAUUUUCCACAGAUAAAAUAAGUAAUUGCGGCCUCAAGUUAAAAUGCAUACAUUGUUUUUAUUCGCCAAGCAUCAGUAUAUACGUUAAAAUACUUGGAAAGAAAUAGAUUUGUGUUGAAGGGAAACAUUUAGAAGUGCCUUAACAAAAAUUCGUAAUAAUUUGUAUUUCUUAACUUACUUACCUCAAAGUUAUCAGCAAUCGUUCACCGGGGCUCACGCAUUCCCUCAUAGUGGUAUCCCUAUAAUACAUCGCAGGUGUAACAAUUUCCGUUAACAUUUGGUAAGUCUCCUUCGUCAUUCUGUAGAAAGCGAUGAAUUUUGAGUCUGUCUCUUGCAAUUCUUUGGCCGCGACAAAUAAUCUACAAUUAAUGUUCCUUUCUAUAUAUGGAUGAACCCACAAUCUUUUCCUACUUCGUUUUCUAUAAUGUUGAUAAUAUUGGAUAACAAUAUCACUAUCGUCACUGCUGUUAUCACUGGACAUUACAUACAAUAUAUAGGCACUUCACGGUUCCACAAGAUACUCGGGCUGUACUCACGAUGCAUUUUUUCCUCCCAGUCUCUGAUAUUUUAGUAGCGUCGUGUGAAGAUAACGGGCGACUAGAGUCACCCAGUCACACAGUUGCCUAGUCUCCAGGCUACCAGCGAUCGUUUUGUAGGCAACUUCAGUAUCCCCGUGUGAGGAGGGCCUAACGAUCUUUGGCUACACUAGGCGUCAUACCACCACCCUCCUCCCCUCUCCAAAGUCUUGCUGGAUCUAAUAUCCCGGCAACUGUUACAGCACCGUUAGGCGACAUUCAAGAGAAGUUUUCCUUACCUCUGCCUUUAGAACGAUGAAACUCCAAGAGAAGCCAGCGACUGAGAUCUUUGAGUGGGAGGGAUUUUGUACCCGAUUAACGUGAAAAUUAGCUCCUAAAAACUUAAUAUCGGGCCUACAGUCAGUCUUGAUUGGAGUUCACUAUUAAAAUUUAAAUACCUACUUAUUCAAACUUUAUCUCGCAUUGAUAAUUUUGUACAUUAUAUAGAAUACGAAAUGUGCAUAAACGGGUUGUCCGAAUGUGAGGAACAGAGUUAACGAGGCACAUCCAUGUUCAUUUUUUUUAAAGUAAGAAAUAAGGUCAGUAUUUUCGUUUUACAUUAUUUAUAGGCUGUAUGCGAUGUAAGUCCUAAACUAUUUAAUGUAAAUUAUCAAAGUAUGUAAUCCUUUAGUUUUUUUAUUAAAAAUUUCCACAUUUUUUUUUUUGAAAAAUAAUUUAAUUAGAUUACAACAAUCACAUAAUUUAGAUUUCUUCGUUUUGACUAAUAUCGAGUAAAACCGAACAAUGUUAACUGGCGAACGCUAGUUAAUGUUUAAUUUAAAUUUUAAUACAGCAGAUUGUUUCCCACUUUGACUGUUUCACAUAAGUUACAUUUGAUUGGUAAGUAUUUCAACACAAAGCUAGAACUCUAUACCAUUAAAUGUGCUUAAGAAAUCAACUAAAUAAUGAAUGAUUUUUGAUUAUCUAUAAUGGAGCUAAUCUAUUAUUUGUACAAUGUUAUAAUGUCAAUAGUUUAAUGGUCAUUGUUAGAAACGUUUAUGUGAAAUAGAGUGCAUUUAUUUACCAAACAGAGAAAAUACUUUGUAAGUGUAAGACAAACAAGUUUGAACUUUUUAUCUUGUACAAAAAUAAAAAUAAAAACCUAGUGGAAAAACUAUCAUACACAACUUACCUCAGUAAGUAAGCCUAUAGAUUUUUAAAAUUAAAGUAGAUUAAACCGUUUAAAAUAUAUUGAAUACUGUUUUUGUUUACCUGUAUUCAUUAACAAUUUUUCUUUAUAUUCAAAAAUAUUGAACUAUGAUUGUAAAAAAACGGAAGACUUAAAAAAUUUAUAUCGAGAUUCUAAACAGUAGGUACUAAACACGAAGUAUUAAAGACUUCCUUCGUUAGAACUAUUGUUAGUUUGAAAGCUUUCAACACAAGUUUCAGGUAAAUUAAUGUAGUCUUAAAUUUGACAGUCGAUUAUUUCUUUGGUUUUACACACAUGCUAAAACAACUCUUGCAUUUACGAACGAAUCACUGAUUUGUGAACCUCUCUCUACAUGCCAGUGAGUGUAUGCGUAUCAGUCGUUCGUUUUAGUUUGAAAAUGGAAUAUUUUACAAUAGUUGAUGUUAAAAAAAGUACCUAAUUACAAGAUGAUUUUACUUAACGUAUAAAAUACUUUAGUACAAACAAAUAUGUUUGCAAUACAGUAUUCUUAAAUGUUGGUAAUAAAGUUUAUAUUUAAUUUUAUUACCAAAACAUGUUGCAAGGCGACACUGUCCUUUGUGUAUAAAAAUUAAAAUGGAAAAUUGUGUGUGGCACAAACAGAUUACAUUUUAAGAAAAACUUUUUCUUUUUAGAUGUCUCAAAUGGAUUUUGAGGAGUGGAAACGACAAGCUUUUGGAACUUCAAAUAGUUCAUUAAUACAUUAUGUAAUAUGUGCUGAUCAUUUUAAUACCAAAAAUUAAAAAAAAAAAAAAUACUGAAGAACUCUUUGAACUAUUUUGCAAUUACGAAUAUGCACAAUCCUAGUGCAGAAGAAAACUUUAAGGAUCAAGAAACGGCCAAGAUUACUAAAUGUGACGACGCCACCCACAAACUUAAGUCCUCCCAAAGGUCAUAAACCAGAAAUUCUCGGAAUGAUUCCGAAAUACAUAAUACUUAUUUUAGCAAUAAGAAAGUAGCAGCAUCGCUUAUUAGUAAUGGUAGGACUAACGAGCCUACCACACUGCCAAAUACUGAUUAUACACUAUGGAAAAUAUGACUUAUGGUGAAGUUUCGUAAGAGAGAAUUGUUGCAUAUAAAUAGUUUAAAUAAAUGUUCAUCUGAAUACAGGAUCCAGGUUGUGGUUGAUGUGUAUGGGUUUAUUGACCGACCGCCCUGAUGUCACGGCGGCCAUCUUGGAUGAUCUUUACCUUUACUUUUGACCUUAACCUUGGACCUUGACCCUGACCACAGUCGCCUUUUGAAUUAUGCCAUAUUUAAAUCGAACGUCUCACUCCCCGAACGUUGCAAUUUUCGGUAUGGUCGCCAUAUUUACAUCGAUAGUCCCAAUCCCCUAACGUUGCACUUUUCGGUACGGCCAGAACAUUGAAUUCUAAUGUCACGCCCAUCUUGGAUCUGACAUCACAGCCACUUUAAUUCUGACGACACAUAAACCAUCUUAUUUUCUAUUUGGAGGCAGCCAUCUUGGAUGACAUCAUGACCGCCAUAUUGGUUUAUCUGUUAUGCUGGAGGCCGCCAUCUUGGAUACUGACUUUUUCUUUUGUUCCUAGAGAGUGCCAGUAUCACACUGUAUCAUGCAUGUAAGGGCGAGGUUCCAUUAUGUGGUACUAUUAUUGUGGUCCUUAGACAUAUCAAAAUUAAUUUUUAUACAAAAUACAUUGGAACCGAGGUGAUUCGGACCAAGCCAGUUCAAGCUGAACCUGUGUUGGAAAACAUACACCUUUGACCGCAUGGCCAUCCAGACAUUUACCAGACCGAGAAUUAAAAAGGUAUAAAAAAGAACACUCACAUUCGGAUUUGUAAAUUUUUUAAUUUGAAGGAAUAAUAGCAUCACCUACUAGAGUGCGUUGCCGUCAUAUUAGUUUAAUUUUUACGGCAUAGAUUGCAGUAUUUUUUAUUACAUUAAUAAACACCAUUUUGUGGGCCGUUUUGGCCUCCAUAUUUUCGGCGUCUUGGCCACCAUUUCGAAGUUCUGUAAUUAUUAAACUAGAAAAAUUCCAAAAUUAAUAAAAACAAAUCACUUCUUAAUAUACUGAUUGAUUCAAACAAUAACAGUGUUUGGUUCGAUCCCUGAUCAAUACAAAUAACGAUAAUUUAAUUAAAAUUUCCAUAAAAGUGACAUGUUUGAGAAUAAAACAACAAAAUAGAAAAUUAUUUUUUGACGUGAUUUAUAGUUUAUUACAAGAAUAAAAACCAAUCACUUGUGUUUCUAUAUUUCUGCAUCUGCUACCCACGAAUUAAAGCGACGUUAUAAACCCCACCACUUGUCGUAGGAUAGUCCAUUUCUUCAUUUGAGAAUCUACUCCACCAAGUACGUAUCGGGAUGCAUCAUAGGCUGAAUCUCUUCUGUAUAAAAUUCGUCACAAAUAGGCUCGUGGUCCAAAUAUUCGAGGUAGUAGGUUCUAGGGUGGUAUUUAUAUUUACGUCUUGAGCAAUUCCUUCGUCAAGAAAUUCUUAUAUGCAUUCUUAUUUAAACAUUUGUGUACUAUAGAGGUUGCUUGAGAUGAUCUCAAGUGAUCGUAAACAAGACAAUCUUGAUGAAGACCAUCUUAUGAUAGUCCCAUAUGUCUUAUUUCUGAGAGGGCAUUCUCCUGUUUCAUAGUUGUUGCUUGAGAACACCACCGUAGAAGCAUGUUUCAUAGUCACUGAGACCGUGCUUAAGGGGCCUCCCUAGUAGCAUCAGAAGUUAGCGGAACACUGUUUUUUAAAUAAUGAUGGGACUUUAUUAAUCGACACUACGAAUCUGAAAAUUUUUCACCCACGAGAAGAUACUACACGAAUUGUGCAUAGACGUUAACAUUUUUGUUUUUUUCUAUCAAAAUAUGAAAUAAAAAACCACCAAUUUGUCCAACUUUGGGGCCAUUUUAUACUGCUUAGGAGAAUGACAGAAAAAAAGUACAAGCCUAGAAAAAAAGAUAAUUUUUUUCUGAAGAAAUUCAUGUAUUUAAAACAUAUAGUCAUCGCUUUAAAUUCCGAGAUUUCUUUUCCGCAAUUUCUGCAAAUCCUGAAAGUUUUCCACCGUCUCGUGCUGCCGCUCGGCGAAGCCAGCUCGCAGCCCACAGCUCAGGUAGCGUGUUGGGGGAACCCUGCUCGGAGGGGAGGCAGGCUACCUGUGUGUGCGUGCGUGCGUGAGAGGGAGACAACCCACAACCAGCAACAAAAGAUAAUCCCGUGACCGAAAGAAAUUCUCAGAAUUGCUUUUAGUAUGCCUCGCCACAGUACUGUGUGCUCGACUUACUCUAUGACUAUAUUCGUGUAUCUCUAAAAACAAAGCUUACAAUACCAUAUCAUGCAUUAUGAAAUAAAGUAUUGAAACUGAUCAAACAAAACAUUGAAAGUUGGCGUACAAACUAUUUAUUGGUGGCUUUACAGUCUCGCUAGCUAAUUCGACAAAAUUUAUAUUUAACUUUUAACAUUAAAAUACACUUAAUUGUUUUUCCUUCUAUUUUUAAUAAAAAUUAAAAAAAAAAAAACAAUUAUUAUACCACCCAAUAUUUUUUGAAAUUAUUUAUGUUUUCCAAAAUUAUUUUACACAUCUUACAACGCCGGGGGAAAAAUUUUAUACUGGUAUUAACCAAAUGGUUAACUAUUUACAAAAGUUUUGAUACUUAAAAAUGUAGGUUUAUAUAAAAUGUAUGUUAAAUUAAAAGAAAAAUCGUAUUUUAAAACUAAAUGUCAUUUUGCUAUGCUUUUUGGUUAGAUAGAUGUCUGAUGGUCUGCACUGUUUUAAAAAUGUUCAUGGAAUGAUAAAUAAAAAAAUAAAAACUAGGAAAGUUCUAUAUUAAAUAAUUUGUCAGAAGUAUAUAAAUGUUCCUCCUGGUGCAGGAGUCACGAGGAGGAUUGAAGAUGGGGUCAGUAACCGAUCGCUCACAUAUGUAGUUAUGGAUGGUAUGUUAUUAAUUACAAAAUUAAAAAAAAAAAACAUUUUGAAUUUAAAAGGUAUAAAUAGUGGCAAUGUUUAAUAAAGAUAACGUAAAUUUUCAGAUAAACUUAUUUCUACAACUCGAUUAAUUAAUAAGGGCAGGAAAUAAAUUUUUACAGCAAUUUUACAAAAUUAUUAAAAUUUUACUAACCACAAUUAAUUUAUCCAAAAACCAAAAUUAAGUAAAUAUUGCCCAUACAUUACAAAAUCCACGAAAGAACCGUGCAAAUUAUUUUUGUUAGAUGCAUUAUUUUUCUUUCAAGUUCUUUAUUUUUUAAUACUUCACCUACUUAUAAUUAUUACAUAUUUGGCACAUGGUCCUUCACGCCCAAUUAAAGGGCCUGAAUAAUUAGAACGCGAAUCUGAUCAAAUUUCACGCCUGUUACUUUACCUGCAACCCGGAGCGGUGUGAAAUAAAUUAUCGUACUCUCGUGACUUUGGCAAUCAACUUAAAUAUUUAUGAGUUAAAACAAAACAUAACUAUAAAGGAUAAUCAAAAAAAUUGUACAAUUUUGAAAGCUUGUUCUGUUUUUAUAUAGUACACAAAGCAGUUAAACCAUAAAUUAUUUGUUGUUGAAAAAAAAAUUAUCCUUAAUCUUUCAUGCUUUUUUCCUUGAUUUUUAUUUCCAGAUAUUUCCGUUGUAGUAAUUCUUAUAUAUAUAACAAUAUAGCAAUCUAGAAAAAAAAAAGGUAGCCUUAUUCCAAAUAUAUUAUGAUAGACGUUAGUUAACUAAGAAUAUAAAUUCGCUUUACAACCACAGCUUGUACACAAAUCGUAAAAAAAAAAAAAAUGGGUUCUACUUACAGGCCGUAUUGAACGUAGUAGGUUUAUGACAAAUACAACAGCAAUAAACAUAUGGCUGAGUCUGCUUCCAUGUACACGUUUUUUUUAAGUUAUCACUUUUAAAGCGGGUAAAGUUUACCUAUCAAGUAGCUUAGCAUUACCCAAAGUGAAUGUCGUGCAGCAGAAAAUGUUCGAAAUAUGUAAUAUUUGUAUCACUGUUGCGUUACAGACCUGCAACUUUUUUCAGUGCGCGAUGUCACUCUUAUGUAAAAAUAUGUCGUGUUUAGCGCAAACGUGUUCGAAUGAAUCCACAUCGAUUUGCCAAAGAAUACCAAUCGAUGUCGGCAAGAUACAUAAGUAUACAAACCAUCGUUUACAAGUGUAUUCAUACGUAAGUAUAAAACUGGCGGCGGGCCAUGAUGCAGUUGGUUCUUCACGUACAGUCCACUGACGGGAUAAGAAACGUCAAAGAUCUUAUAUGGCUAUUCUGUAAACUUGUAUGUCAUUUCACUGCCUGCUUUAGACAAACAACAUCCAUUACUUUUAGCUUUGGCUUGAAAAGAAUUACUCCGGCCGGCUUUCUUAUAAGACUUAUUUCAGCUCCUCGUGCGACCAGUGUGUAUAAUUUGUCCGCGGCCUUAUCUUUGGGUGAAAGUUAUUUGGAAGGGAAUUUGUAUCGGUAAUGUUAUUGUUCAUCAUGUAUUACAUAACAAUUCGACUUACAUACGCACAUGUGUUUUUAAAAUAUAUGUUAAUAAUUUGCAAUACAAAGUGUGUUGAAUUUCAUGUAAGUAUUGAAUUUUUUUACAUUAUGUACGAACAUAAUAAUCACAAUAUUUCAUGAGAAAUUUUUAACACAUUUUACAAAGCAAUCUCUAAUUUCUUCCACACCUCAUGGUUAACCUUACUAUUUUAUUUCAUGUUUCAGUUGAUUUAAACUGUUUGGAAUCAUAAUAUGACGGACAAUGAAGAAUAUUAGUUGCAGUAAAUUUUAUGAGAGGAUUUACUUAUUACAUUAGAUAUACCUCAAUUUUUACCUCAAAGGAAAAUGUUGCAUAUCAUUAAAUGAUAAAUAUUUGUUUCCCAUUAAUAUAGUUUAUGAACAUAACUUAUUGUGAUAAUACCUACAUUAGUUAAAUUGUGUUUUUGUAAUGCUCUCCUAUUGCAGUAAAAUUCUUGGGCAAAUUGAAUAGCAUAUACUUAGUUGAUCUUUAACAUAAGCUUUUGGAAUACAUAAAUGUAAUAAAUUAUGUUCUCGUGAUUUUAACAAUUAAAUAUUUCUUCGCACGAAAAAAUUAAUUAACUAAAAAAAUAUUGCAGUAAAUUUAUACUCAAGGACUAAAAAAAAUUAUUUUUAUUUUAAAUAAUAUUGUAUUUAUGUAUACUUUUCUGAAAAAAAGUAGAUUCAAGAAAACAAAUUUUCUUCUUUUUUAUUUUGUUCUUGAACUUACUUGACAAUCAAUAUUGAACUUCAACUUUAUACUUUCGGUAUAGCACUUUUCGAUUUAUUCUACAGAUUUUCGCCCGUGAUUCCAGCUAUACACUUCACUGACACCUUGAGCACAAGUCAGUGCACACUGAGUUAUUCCAUACCACCCGCGCUUGUCAUCGAUAAAAUCUGAACUCAGGUGGAUUCAGCAUGACUGAUUAAGCCUGCAGUCUGAAUCCACCUGUAGGCCGCUGUUGCAACAGCUUAGAAAUUUACACUGCUCGUAAACAGUCUGUAUGUAACUCGGAACGGGAUUCCAGUUCAUUCGUGUAUAUUUAUUCAUCAUAUUGUGCAACGUUAAAGUCAUUAAAAAAAUAGGCAAAAAAAUAAAAUGCUAAACAUGUAAUAAGUGCCAGAAAAUAAUAAUAUUAGUAAUAUUUAGUGUAACUAAAUACAACGUGAACCCUAAAAUAUAAAGUUGACGAUGUGUCGUUGGUGGGCACUUGUUUGUUCCUGACAUUUUUUUCUCUACACAAUUUUAAAGUGAGUUUGACAUGCACUUUUUCUUCAAGAAGUAAGUUAUAAAUUUGUUUGUCUUUAUUGCGAUUUCAAAAGUUGAUUUGUGUCUAAGAGUUAAAUAUUUAAUAUUAUUGUCAUCAUUUUAUUCCCAGUUUUAUUACUCAAUAUAUUAGUAGGACGUGAUUUCUCGUCGCGGUGCGAAAGACUUUUAUGAAUGAAAGCGUAACUGUUCGUGCAAAACCAUUCAUCACACAAAUGUCAGUUCGAAAGUAUAAUGUUGGAAAUUUUUUUAAUUAUAUAAUUUUUACAAAUUUUUUUCUGAAAGCACACGCUAACGCAUCGAUUUUUGGUGACAGCAUUUUUUGUAAUGUAUGUAAAUCUCUUAAUUAUGUAGAACGUUAAUUAAAAAAUAAAAAUAUAUGUUUUAAUUAGAAUUGACGAUUGUUUGCAUUUCAUGGAUAUUGACUGGAUCGUAACACUUAUUUGAUGUUUAAAGUUAAUAAACACUGUCAGGAAGCAAGCAAGGCAAUGCGAGAACAUUAUCCUUUUGAUUAAAUGUAGCGAAAGGGAAAAACAGUCACCUUUCUUGCCACGAUCUUGUUCACAGAUAACGAGAUAACGCAGGUAUGAGCAGCAAAUGGACUCCACACAAUGACAAAAGAGCCUUCCCCUCUAACGCUCCCAUUAUUCCGCCCCCCUCGCUGAAACGCCCUCUCCCCCCUCCACCCAGGCGCAGGCGACAGGCUCAGGUAUAUCGCCCCGCCCAACCACUGGCCGUAGCACGUGGCCAGUGGCCCAACGCGCUAAACAUUUUUACUAGGGAGGCCCGUUAAGGCGAUUGGUGCAGGGUGAAAAACAGUCAUGCGUCCGAAUAAGCUGAAAAUUGGCUUAUUUGCUUCAUAAACGCUUGCUUAUCAAUACUAUAUAGUCAGCCGGAUCGUAUAUAAGCUAGCGGGUGAGAUAUCACAAUUUAGUGGCGAGACAGCUCUCGUGGGUGAGGGGUGUCGAAGUUGCUCCGCGGCCUGCGAUCUAGCGGACAUCGCUGGAACGUCUUGCAAAACUAUCGUAGUCUCUCUCUCUCCCCACAUUUGUCCGCGGAGCGGACAGAGGGAAAGAAGCCACGAAGGGCCUUCUCCCCCAUCCCCUGUCAGAAUCCUCGCAGCGCACAGCCGUGAUGCGAUAACCGGUUUUAGCCAGCCUUACUUUCGUUCGACCCUCAAUGGCAAACGAAGACAUAAACACAACCAUUGUAAAAUUCUGAACAUAUGAAAUUUUUAACUUAUUUAGAGUCGACUAUGCUUGUGUUAUAAUAUAAAUACAUAUCUAUUUUUAAUAUAAAAUGUAUAUAUAGUAUAUUAUAAUAUAUGCCUAUGUUUACUGCUGUAGACAUUGUGCGUAUCACCAAAAACGCGCAGUAAAGUCAUCAGGCACAAACAGACUGAUAAUGGGAAUAGAUCAGUGGCGUAGCAUUUGUGUGUGUGUGGGGGGGGGGGGGGGGCGGAGAGGGCGGCACUUUGGCCGGGGCGGCAUUUCACAGGUGGCGGUAACAUAAAGUUAAUGUUUUUCAAGGUUUUUCCCCGUAAAUUUUUUAUUGUUAUUCCCAUAUAUCCAUGUACAAUUUUCAAUGCAUGGAUAUUGCAAGGUUUCUCAAUAACUAAUACUUAGGAAACUUAUUUGGUUUCAAUUUUAAUUUAAACGAACAUCUCUCCUUGCCAAUUCUUUGUACUUCGCCGUAAUGACUGAGCGUAUCUCUUUAUUUUAUUCAGUCGUGUUUCAAUUUGAUACGUCUUACAAGGUAUCGAUGACUUUGAGAAAAAAGCGAAAAACGAACACAAACUAUUUCGCGGCCUUCAUAUGAAACUAUACGUAGCGUACAUAUUGAAUUUCUGCGUAUCUAGUUUGCAGAGCUGUUCGUUUUAUGUAGGCGAUUUCUCUUUCUCCUAUCGUUAUUGCAUUACGUUUUCUCUGUAAUUUUUUUAAUAGGUAUUCUGCCAUCUCUGUCAUGUUUGUUUACCUGUAGAAUAAAAUGCAAUAUUAUAAAUUAAUUUUUUUACAAACAUGUUGUUCAUAUGUCAAAAAAUGUCAUUUUCAAAUUUAAGGUUACUGUUAUUCAAUAAUUACCAUGCCCCAAUUUUUUAUAAUCAAUUAGAAAAAUAAGAGGACGGCAAAUCUGGGAUCCGCGCCGGGUGCUAGUGACCUGUGCUACGCCUCUGGAACAUAGGCCAGUUCCCGAAACGUCGCAACAGUUUUGUCAUUGGAAUCCUACCGUGUUAGUCGGUGUUGUCGUUAUGUUGUCCAUAUUACCUUUUUUUUCCAUCGUUGUUCGUAUGUUUUGAUUAUAUUUAGAAUAUUAAAACAAACAUUUAAAUGGCUCUAACUGUAUGUACUAAGGGCGUAAAGGUGUUGUUUCGCGUGCGUAUUAUGGUCACCCAUAGCAGUAAGGGUUCAAUAAUUGUUUCAGACAAUAUUUUUGUAUAAUAUUUAGAACGUUUAAAAACUUUGGAUGGAUUUGCUGAACUAUACCUGCUAAGAGGGUUAGAAUUUAUCAAUCCCUCAAAACUUAUUUUUUCAUUAUGUACAGCUAAAAUGCGCGUAUCGAAAAUUGGUUUAGAAAAUUUUUCGUUUUAAUAUUUUAAAUGAUUAAAAAUUUUAAUUGAUUUGAUACUGUGUCUAAUAGUGGAGUUACGUUUUUUCCUCCACCCUCUCUGUUUUCUAUCCGUACAGUAAUAGUUAGUCGUACACAAACAUUUUUUGGAAGACAUAUGUGGAUAAUAUUUAAAAGGUCUGCAUGAAUUUUCAAAGCAACUGUUACUGUGGCUACUACGGUAAUAAUAUUUUUUAUCGUUUUCCUUUCGUCCAUAUUUUUUUGUCUUCCCGCUGUUAUUGUUGUUCGUUUAAUAAUUGUUUCAGACCAAUUUUUUUCAUAAUAAUAGCCAGUUUACAAUAUUUGACACCAAUUGCAAAAGUCUACAAUUAAAUGAAAUUAAUUUAGAAAUAUAAAAACUGUAUGCAACUAUUGUUAUAAAGCUAUUAGUAUCGAAUUCAAGAAAUAUGGGUGAGAGCUAAGAAAUUCGAUAUCGUAAAUGAGCUCAAAUAUUGUUACCAAUUCCUCUUUAAAGACUUUAUAUUUAUAUAAUAUAUAACACUUGAAGACUAAAUAUCGAAAAUAAAGGAUGUUUUUUCUUUCUCACUAUUUUUCUAUUCACUUAACUCUUUUUAUGCAUAGACAUAAAAUGAUUAGUCAUAGUGGUUAAAGUUAAUCCUUUGCGUGAAUAUUCACUUGCACCUAACUCGCUGAGCGUCGGCAAGUGUAAAAUAAGUACAUAUUUCACUAGAAUUUGAUUUACUCAUAAUAAAAAUUCAUAACUACACUCUUAACCUAAAAAAUUGUUUCUGUUAUUGAUCCAUCAUUAAAUUACCAAACUGCGGAGGAUACACAAUCACUAUGUUGGGUUGGAAGGUUGUUAGCGUAAAGCUUUUUAAUUUACUAUUUUCUUUUAUUGCUAACAACAUUGGCAUUCACAGGUUACAAUAAAUAAUUAAUAUUGCACGACAGGUACAAAACUUGUACAUAGGUAUAUAUGCUAUACACUGCCACGCAUUACUAACAAUUAAAAAUUAAAGGACAUACAUUAUAUGAACAUGAACAUAAAUUGAAUAUAUGCAAGCACUCAUUUUCUUUAGCCCAUAGAAAUAUAUUUUCCAUGAUCAAUUUGUAAUUUAUGAAGUACUUAUUUGACAUUGUUGAAAGUUAGAUUUAUUAAUUAAUAUUGAAGGUAUGCACAAUUUGCAUAGUAAAAUAGAUAUUAAUUAUUGUAUUUAAAGGCACACACGUACUUUGACAUGUAUAGGAAUCUUAGCUUACCACAAAAAGUCGAAAAUGUCAUUCGCAGCAUACCGCAGAGAAAAAAGUGUGAACCUCUAUUAAUUUAUCAAGCCUUCCAAAAAUUACAGUGCAGUGGUUACAUAAUGACAUUACAAUAAACAGUAAAAUAAAGACUCAUGUGUACUUAAAUUAAGAACAGUUUUAUUUCUAAUUUUGUUAAAGCAUUUUAAUAUAGUGUGCAGCACUACAUGUACAUCCCAAGACUGAUAACACACCACUUCCAAAUGUUUGUUUCUGUUUCUCCACCUUCUAGAAAUUUUACAUAGAAUGAACUUACUUUCAGACUGUUAUUUUUAACUGUAGUCUGGAGAUUACACCACAAGUCCAUGGAAAACAUAAUGUAUUUAAAAGAGAAAUAUGUAUUAUUAGUCUGGAUUGCUUUCUCUAAAUUACUGAUAAAAUUUUCAAAUACAACAAAUUAUAUACUAACAAUAAUAAAACUAAUUAGAUUCAAGAACAAAAAGUGUCACAUAACUAAUAAAUUUUAAAAUGUCUUCACUUCUUUGUUAAGUUUCUUUGACUUUGCUUCUUCUAUGUAUUCAGGAUCUCUGCAUUUCAGUCCACGAACAUUCCUCGGGUCAACAAUCUCAGGAAGAACACAGUUAAAGUAAAACCGUUCUAACUUCGGAAGCAUGUCUUUUUUCCAAAAGGUCUCGUCGCACUGAACGUGGACGAAUUCGGUAUCAAAGUCACAAAAUAAAAUCAGCACACACUGCUUCCUUUUCGAAAUAUUCAAUUGUCCUUGAAUUUGGUAGAAAAAAGGAUGUGUUCUUUUCAGUUCCAACAUGUCUUCACUGUCAGUGUGAACACCUAUGUUUUUUACUUUGGAAGCCUCUCGUA